CGGCCCCGCGGACGCCCGAGCCGCCGCCUCAGCCUCUGCCGGCGCAUCGCGGACGCCCAGCAGGAAUGAGGGGAGAAUCUUACUUCAUUGGAAUGAGGAGCCUGGGGCAGCAGGGGCACAUCCCAGAGGAUGGAGGACUUUUCUUGCUCUGCUGCAUAGACAGAGACUGGGCUGUAACUCGGUGUUUUGCAGAGGAAGCCUUUCAAGCAAUCACUGACUUCAACGACCUCCCCAACUCAUUGUUUGCGUGCAACGUUCACCAGUCAGUGUUUGAAGGAGAAGAGAGCAAGGAAAAAUUUGAGGGUCUGUUUCGGACUUACGAUGACUGCGUGACGUUCCAGCUGUUUAAGAGUUUCAGACGUGUCCGAAUAAACUUCAGCAAUCCCAAAUCUGCAGCCCGAGCCAGGAUAGAGCUUCAUGAAACCCAGUUCAGAGGGAAAAAAUUAAAACUCUACUUUGCACAGGUUCAGACUCCAGAGACGGACGGUGACAAGCUGCAUUUGGCCCCACCGCAGCCCGCCAAACAAUUCCUCAUCUCACCCCCGGCAUCUCCUCCCGUUGGCUGGCAGCCCAUCAGCGACGCCACGCCAGUGCUCAACUACGACCUCCUCUAUGCUGUGGCCAAACUAGGACCAGGAGAGAAGUACGAGCUCCAUGCAGGAACUGAGUCCACCCCAAGUGUCGUCGUGCACGUGUGCGACAGUGACAUAGAGGAAGAAGAGGAUCCAAAGACUUCCCCAAAGCCAAAAAUCAUCCAAACCCGGCGUCCCGGCCUGCCACCCUCCAUGUCCAACUGAGCUCACCGCUCCGCCUCUACCAUAAUAUCUGUCUCCUCUUUAUCAUGCUUUCUUGCCCUCUGUUGGUUGUUUGUCGAAAAAAAAAAUAAUUGCCUUUCAAUCCCUGGGUGUUUGGUUGUUUGAGAUUCCUUCCUUGUAAUCAAGCCUCUCGGACAAAAGGGCUAGGAAAAGGUGAUAAGUUUCCUGAUCAUAUCAUACUCAUAUCAUCGAGUAAUAAUCCAUUGUUUAGAGGGUUCUAGGAAAAAAAGGUAGUAUUUUCUUAUCAAAGUCUCAGCACAGCCUAUAUCUUCAUUCUCUCAUGUUGAGCCAAGCCAGAGACGUCAGUAACAAAUAGCACUCGUGUUGUUUGUGAUCUGUUUCGGUCCCAGUCCUGACGUGUGUGCGUUGUUUCUUCCUGGCCACUUAAGUAGGACCAUACGUAAACUUGACUUUGACUGCAUGAGGUAUCCCUGUCUGGUCUCACUCAGUCCUCUGCACCCCAACAUUCCCAGGACAUGCAUGAUCACCAGCAUUUAUUUUCAUGAUUCGAGGAUAGACUACAACUCACAGAUUGUCAGCAUCCAGCCAUGUCCUAUCUAGACUAGAAAAAUGAUCAGCAGCAUCCAGCUCAACAAGUCUGGGUAUAUCCACUAUUUUGAGUCAGUACUUCAUAGCUCUAUUAAAAUUCCUGGAGGCAACACUGAGCUUGGCCCCAAAGAUAUUCCUCCGUAGAUUUUGAACACCACCUCCGUAGAGUACUUUCCCAGACUCAGGGGGGAGGCUUGUCCAGGGUGAUAGAGACCGAUUUCAGACAAACCUAUUUAUUACAAAAGUUUCAUGGUGUCUGAAUGAUUGUUUUUUCUCUUUGUAUAUUUGUACAAAUGUUUCAGCUGUGCUUUUAAAAUCUGGAUGUUUUUUAUUUAGUGAUUGUUCAGCCAUUAGCUGCUUAAAAACAAUAUGUGCAUUGCUUAUGAAUGCAUUCAUAUACUAAUACAGAUAAUCUGAUAAUAUUACGCUCUAUUAUGGAUAAUGCUGAAUUUUGGAAGGGCACAAAACUUCUCCUGCCAAUAUAUAAAUGAUUAGCCAACAUCUUUGCUAUCAAGAACACUUGUUUUUAAAUAAAGUGAAGAGGCAAGUGUCCGUGGUAGACAAUUUGGAUGAAGCUAGAUUGCCAGAAUGUAGCGGCCACUGAGUAUUUGAAAAAGGAAAGGAUGGUAGAUCAACAAACAUAUACCAAUCCUACUCAUGCAAUGGCCAUGUUGCUCAAAAACAUUUGUUUUCGUCACAUGUGAUAUUUCUAUUUCUGUAGCCCGAAGUGCAUUACCGAAGAUACACCUAUAAAACCAUUACCUUCUGCUCUAUGUGCAAGGCCUCAUCUCCUCCUGUACAUUAAUGAAUUACUUUAGAUGCAAAUGCCAGUUACAAGGGAGUGGGGAAAUACUUUCAUUACCCGAGCCUCAGAAAAACACGCGAGAACAGUUAACACAGCCAUCUUACGGAAGGAUUGUUGUGGUUUUUGACUAAGGUGUACGUUAGUUUCAUCAGAAACUUACAACAGACUGAUCACUCAGAAAUUAAAAGUCCGUUCUACUGUGAAUAUAGCAAUAUUGUACUGGACACAGUACAGGUGAAACUGAGGACAGCGUUGCUUGUAAAACCCUGAGUCUCCAUGAGAAGAAAUGCAGGCUCCUUUUAAAAAUAAAAUCUGAGGAGUGUAUAAUAAGCAAAUGCUUUGACUUGACUUUGCUGUGGAGGUUUUUGGUUUUUCAUUAGCAAAAGAAAGAUUAGACUUAAAAGUGGAGGAAUGCUGCCCUCUAGUGGAGGAAAUAUUUUCUGAGCUCUUGAGACUGAUGGAGAACGGCCGCCUUCAGCCAGCCGUUUUGUGCUGACCCUCUUCGCAGGCUUCUGGGGGUCAUUUGACUUUUUAAGCUACUCAGAGUUUUCAGAACGCAGGUUCUAAAGAAACAUGGAUGAGGAAAACAUAUUUGGAAAUAAUUUUUUAAGUGUUUUAAAGCAGAUACCAUCAGUCAUUGCCAGCCGAAUUUAGCCAAAGUUGAAAUGACCAUCCUGUGUAGUCACAAAAUAAAAACACAGUGGAGUGGAUGACCUAAGUGGUUAGUCUUGGUGAGAUUUACUGCGAAGUUUCCAUGUUAAUCUGUCUCAGGUUAAGUAGUUCUUUCAUUAGGUUGGGUUUGGGGAGAGGGAAAGAGAAACUUUUCCCAGGAGAGUGGUAAGAAACGGGGAGUCCUUGGUUUCCGGGGGGCCUCUCUGCACUGUGAAAGUCAGAAUUGCCUCAGCAUUUCCAUGACGCACCUUAUGCAAACCUCUUUAGCACUACUUUCCGUUUGAAAAGUUUAAAUAUGGAGGGGAAGGGGGAGAUUUCCACCAACUGAAUCAUUUGUGCAUGUGUAUAGCUCAAAAGAGCUUAGACUUCAAAUAUACCUGGUGAAUGAC